AUGUCAUUCCUGCUGGAGCGGCACAGUUGCAACGCAACCUCGACGACCGCCCGGUGGAAGGCUGUCGAGCUGCUGACUUGGCCGCUGUUGAACGAGGCAAGACGGACAUUCAGUGCCAGGCAGUGCUUAAGAGAGCGACGGCUUCCCUUGGCUGAAGAGCGACAACCGCCAAUUCCAAGACACGCUUCUUCCAAAGUAUACCAAAGUGCCGACGACGCCAUUUCAGAUCUCAAGGAUGGCACGACCGUUCUCAGCGCUGGCUUCGGGCUAAGUGGAGUUGCAGAAACACUCAUCGACGCGAUCCGCAAAAAGGGAACCCGCAAUCUCACCGUGGUCUCGAACAACGCAGGCGCUGGCGAAUACGGGCUCGCGAAACUCACAUCGACAGGCCAGAUUUCGCGCAUGGUCGUCUCGUUCAUCGGCAACAACAAGUCGCUCGGCCAGCAGUACCACGACGGCCGCGUGGCCAUCGAACUCUGCCCGCAAGGCACGAUCGCCGAACGGCUACGCGCCGCGGGCGCGGGGAUCCCGGCGUUCUUCACGGGCACGGGGUCACGCACGCUGAUCGAGACCGGCGGGAUCCCGAUCCGGCUGGGGCCCAAGGACCCUGCGACGGGGAAACACGCGGUCGUCGAGCCCGGCCGGCCCAGGGAGACCCGAAUCUUCGACGACGGGCGCAGCUACAUGAUGGAGACGGCGCUGCGGGGCGACCUGGCCAUCGUGCGGGCCUGGAAGGUCGACGAGGCCGGGAACUGCAUCUUCCGCAGCACCACCAAGACGUACGGAGUGCUCAUGCCCAAGGCGGCCAAGAUGGCCGUGGUCGAGGCCGAAAACAUCGUGCCCGUCGGCGCGCUGGACCCAGACCACAUCGAUCUGCCGGGCAUAUAUAUCGACCGUAUCUGUCCCGCGACGAGUGAGAAGCAUAUCGAGAAACUCGUGCUUGCGUCUGCGUCUGACUCGGAGAACGUACCUGCAGAGAAGAAGAAGUCUGAGGAAGCCGUCAAGAGGGAUAGGAUCGCUAGACGGGCGGCGAAGGAGUUGAAGGACGGCAUGUACGUGAAUCUGGGCGUCGGCAUCCCCACGCUCGCGCCGAGUUUCUUGCCGCCUCGCACAAAGGUGUGGCUGCAGUCUGAGAAUGGGAUCAUCGGGAUGGGUCCGUACCCGAGCACAAAAGAGGAGGCCGACCCAGAUACGAUCAACGCGGGCAAGGAAGCUGUGACGCUUGUGCCGGGCGCAUCGACGUUCGAUUCGGCGGAGAGCUUCGGCAUGAUUCGCGGCGGACAUAUUGACGUCUCACUCCUGGGGGCGCUCCAGGUCAGUGCGACGGGUGACUUGGCGAACUAUAUCGUCCCGGGGAAGGCGUUCAAUGGGAUGGGUGGCGCAAUGGACCUGGUGAGCAACCCGGACAGGACGAAGAUUGUCGUGUGUACGUAUCACAGCGAUAAGGACGGACGCAGUAAGAUCGUAGAUAGCUGUGACUUGCCACUCACGGGGAAGGGAGUAGUGAGCACCAUCAUUACGGAGUUGGGAGUGUUUCAGGUCGAUAGAACCGGUGGGAAGGGGCUGGUGCUCACCGAGACGGCGGACGGUGUGAGUGUGGACAUGGUAAGGGAGAGGACCGCUGCCAAGUUCACUGUUGCAGAGGACUUGGGGACAAUGGAGUAG